ACAUAUUUUGGCAAAAUGGAAUCAUCAGGACUUCAUCUGGACAUUGAUUAUGUCGGAAGCAGUGGAGUUAUUCUCAGUCCAGAACAGAAAGCAGCCUUACAAACGUCUUUAGUCAUUCUGCAAAGUCAAAACAAAUUCCACAAGGUUUAUCUUUGGGGUAAAAUUUUGGGUGUGAAAGAUGACUAUUUUAUCGCACAGGGUGUAUCCAGGGAUGAAAUGAUUGACAAGAAAACCUUUUACAGCAAAGACUGUGUUAACUGGGGUUUGUUACCACCUGCCACUAAAGCGAUGCGUGACCAAAGUAAGCUGGCAAAGGGACGCUUCACUGGAGACCCAUCAUACGAGUUUGAACACACGGAAACGAAGAAAGUUGGUGAAGGUGAAGAUGCUCAGGAGGAAGAAGAAACAAUCUCUAUCAAAGAAGAAGACAGACUUUCAUCUGUUAUUGCAGAAAUUGAUGAAGAUGUUAAAAUUGUUCCAAGAGGAGCUUUCGUACAGACACCAACAGGCGAAGUGAUAGCAAAUCGUAGUUUUGAAGGUCUGGUUGUUUCUGAAGCUGCUAAGAUUUGUUCAUACAUGCACUUCAGGGAGCCUAAGCUCCUACCAGAGAAGUCUCUCCUACAGAAAGCCAACAUGGAUAAAUCUGUUGACUUUAUGGACAACUUGGAAGAAGACAUUCCUAAAGGAGCCUGGAGUUUACAGUUUGAGCGAGGCAGUGGACUGGUGGCCCUUCGCAGUCUGUUAUGGCAAGGCUAUGUAUUCUACCAUAUCCCCGGCUGUAGAAAGUACGGCUCUAUCUAUGUGGGAACAGGCGAGAAAAACCUUGACUUGCCUUUUAUGUUGUAAUUCUCAUCUAACAGCAAAACAAACUCCAAUAUCAUUUACAUGAAAAGGCAUCAAGUAUGAGAUUCAAAUUCUACAGAGAUAAAUCCUGGAACCAUUCUAUUUUGGAUAGACAGUUAGUCAAGGGGAUGUUAUACAUGAAUUGACACACAAUAUUGUGAACAUCCCUAAAAAUGGAUAUAUACAUCUAAUGUCUGUAACUUAUCAGUGCUACUUCAGUGAAUCCAAAAUGAGAGGAUUUGAAGAUUCGGAGGUUAUGGUUCAAAAACUUACGAAAAAAAAAAGAGUAAAAUGAAAACAAGAACUUGUAAAUCCAAAAACAUACCAAUAGCAUGAAGUAUACAUUCAGCCCUGUGUCAUUAUCA